AUGGCACCCAACAACAACAACAAUCGUAAAGGACGUUCCAACCGUUCCAGCCGCAAUGGAUCUCGGCCCAAACCCAACCGCAAAAACAAUAAACGUCAACCAAAACGCCAUUUUGGUUGCGUUGCUAACCAUACCAAAAAUAAUGCGGAAACCUGUCGGAUGCUUGAAAAUGAAAGAAAAAGUAAUUGCAACUCAAUUUCUUCUGAUCAUGAAAAUGUAAAUAGUUCGAUUGGCGUUGCAGCUUUAAAGGACAGUUGCCGUCUUUCUACUCCUAAUACGUCUUCGAAAGGUCAAAAUCUUUUUAUGAAAGACCAGUUACUGUAUUUAGCUAAACUUUUAGGGUUUGAAGUGGACUUUUCGGAUUAUCCCAAGGGCAAUCACAACGAAUUUCUUACAAUAGUUAUGCUUUCAACUAAUCCACCGCAAAUUUGUCAUGGAGUUGGAAUAAAUGCUAAGGAAUCUCAAGAAGACGCUGCAAAAAAUGCUUUAAAAAUUCUCAGUGAAAUGGGCUUGAACAAUGCAGUUAAAAAAUAAUUUAAAUUUUUAAUUUUACUUCGGAAAUAUGUAAUGCAGUUAUUGUAAUAAAGAUACCUCUACAGCCUA